AUGUGGGCCUUGCGGGCCGCCGUCCGCGGGGGCACCUGGCUCUCUCGCGCGGUUCGCGGCUGCCGGCCCCCAAGGGCCGCGCUGCUGCCGCCGCCGCCCCACCCCGAGCGCGCCGUCGCCGCUCUCCGCGGGGGCCUGGGGUGCUCGGAUGGGCGGGAGGGUAGAGGGCGGAGCCCACGUGCGGAUGGCCGGAGAAGCCUGGCUGACGCGGAGGAGGAGCCCGAAGAUGCGGAGGAGGACGAAGACGAGGAGGAGCUGCUGAGGACGGACCCGCUGCUGCCGGCGGGGGCACAGCGCGUGUGCCUGGUUCACCCUGAGGUCAAGUGGGGGCGCGGGAAGCCGCAGGGUACCCGAGCCGAGUGGCAGGUGGCCGAGGCCCGAGCGCUGGUGUGCACGCUGGACGGCUGGUCUGUGGUGGACACGAUGGUGGUGCCCACCAAGACGCCAGACAAGAAGCUCAUCUUUGGCAGAGGGACCUUGGAGCAGCUUACGGAGAGAAUCAGAGGGUCGCCGGAAAUCACUGCCGUCUUCCUGAAUGUGGAGAGGCUGGCCACGCCCACCAAGAGAGACCUAGAAGCCGCCUGGCAUGUGCCGCUGUUUGACCGGUUCACCGUGGUUCUGCACAUAUUCCGCUGCAAUGCCCGCACCAAGGAGGCACGGCUGCAGGUGGCGCUGGCGGAGCUCCCCCUGCUCAGGUCCCACCUGAAAAGCAAUAUUGCCCACCUGGGCGGACGGGGACGGAGCUCUUGCUACACCAUGGGGUCAGGGGAGUCCUUCCUGCAAGUGCAGCAGCGUCUCCUGAGAGACAGGGAAGCUAAGAUCCAGAAAGCCCUGGAGAGACUACGCCGCAAGAGGCGCCUUCUGGGGCAGCAGCGGAGGCGGAGGGAGUUUCCUGUGGUUUCUGUGGUUGGAUACACGAACUGCGGGAAAACCACGCUGAUCAAGGCCCUGACCGGGGACGCUGCCAUACAGCCCCGGGACCAGCUGUUCGCGACGCUCGACAUCACAGCCCACGCGGGGCGGCUGCCCUCCGCGCUGACGGUCCUCUACGUGGACACCAUCGGCUUCCUCUCCCAGCUUCCCCACAGCCUGGUCGAGUCCUUCUCGGCCACCCUGCAGGACGUGGCCCAUUCGGAUCUGAUCGUCCAUGUCAGAGAUAUGAGCCACCCCGAGACGGAGCUGCAGAAGGCCAGUGUGCUGUCGGCCCUGCGGGGCCUGGGCCUGCCACACACCCUCCUGGAGAGCAUGGUGGAAGUCCACAACAAGGUGGACCUAGUGCCCGGGUACACACCCGCGGAGCCCGACGUCCUGGCCGUGUCUGCCCUCCUGGGGCUCGGGCUGGAUGAGCUGAUGGCCAGGGUGGAGGACGCCAUUCUGCGAGCCACGGGGAGACGAACCCUCACCCUCCGCGUGCGGCUGGCUGGACCACAGCUGAGCUGGCUUCACCAGGAGGCCACCGUGCAGGCAGUGGACGUGAUCCCUGAGGCCGGGACUGCCGACGUGAAAGUCAUCAUCAGCGACUCUGCUUACGGACGGUUCCGGAAGCUGUUUCCGGGGUGA